AUGAACGUGAACGCCAGAUCCCCAAUUCCCCCGCCAUACACGAGAAUCUACGAAGCUCCUUCGCCGGCCCCUUCCAUCCCCCACCCCCCCGCGCCCGCCUCUCCAGCACCCGUCGUCGACGAACGCACCCCUCUCCACCCGACCGCCGCCAGCGCCAGGUCGAAGGCGUCCCGCGCCCGCCACUGGUACGCGGCCGCGCUCGUCGUCGUGCUCCUUGCCUUCGUGCUCCAGAACCUCGGCGUCCUCGACACCGCCGCCGAUCGCGAGCGCGGGCUGUGGGCGAAGCAGCGCGCACAGUGGGCGGAGGAGCGCACGUGGUGGGACGAGACGCGCGAUGGAUGGGAGAGGGAGAAGGUGAGGUGGGAGGGCGAGCGAGCGCGGUGGGAGAGCGAGAGGGAGCAGGAGAGGACGAGGCGCAAGGAUGUGGAGAUGAAGGCUCGGGGUGCGCAUUUCACCGAACUACAGUACGUGGACGGCAAGUGCAGGACGUAUGGGACUCGCGCAUACACCGCACGUCUACUCGACAUCCCGGGGGAUCUGCCCGCAGAUAUAGGUUGGUAUGAACUGUGCAUGGACAUGUCGACGCAGUUCCAUGGACGGUGGAUAAGAGGACCGAAUUCCUGCGAGCGUGGACGCUUCGGUGCCGUAUGGGCCACAUGGUACAUCUCCGACGAACCCGAGUGUAGAACUUAUUGGGACGGUUUUGCUAUCGUUGUACCCCUCGGUCUUCAAGUCGGUUUACUGAUUCCGCUUCAACAGCGUUACUCCGCCAAUUUGAUGAACUUACGCCACGGAGACGACUGGGAUGAGAUGUGCAGAAGUACACCGGCGAACAUAUUCGGUCAUGAGUUUGAUGGACCAACAGCUUGUCACACAACGCGAGUAAGGAUUCUCAGUUUUCCAUGUUCCAUAUUCCGUGUGAGACGCUAA